AUGGACCUCAAAAAAUCAAUGAGGUGCCAAGAAGAUGUUGCACUCAACAUCACAAAGCAUUUAUUCUCAAAAGAAGAUUAUCACAAGAAGAACCUUAUCUUUUCGCCCUUGUCUCUCCAUGUUGUUCUUAGUGUCAUGGCCGCUGGUUCAGCCGGAAGCACACUCGAUGAGCUUCUUUCCUUCCUCCGAUUUGACUCCAUGGACCAUCUCACCACCUUCUUCUCCCAGGUCAUCUCCCCUGUGUUGUUCUCUGAAGAUCGUCUUUGUUUUGCCAAUGGAAUGUGGGCUGAUGAAUCACUUUCCCUUUCCCAUUCUUUUAAACAACUUGUGGCCACUCAUUACAAGGCCACUCUUGCUUCAGUUGAUUUUAAGACCAAGGGUGAUCAAGUACACCAUGAAGUGAAUUCGUGGGUUGAAAAAGAGACGAAUGGCCUUAUCACACAUCUUCUUCCUCCCAGUACUAUAAACAACUUAACCAAGCUUGUCUUUGCAAAUUUAUUGAGCUUCGAGGGUGAGUGGAAACACAAGUUUCCGGCUAUACCAAUUAAAUAUAAUUUUCACCUCUUUAGUGGCACCUCAAUCACAGCUCCCUUCAUGAAAAGCAUGCAAAAGAAGCACUUUAUUAGUGCUUUUGAUGAUUUUAAAGUUGUCCGUCUUUCUUAUAGACAAGGUGGGGAUAAAUCGCGUCGGUUUUCCAUGUAUAUUUUCCUUCCAGAUGCAAAAUAUGGGCUAUUAGCAUUAAUUGAAAAGUUAGCUUCAGAACCUCGUUUCUUAAAAGGUAAGUUUCCUCGGCGAAAAGUGCAAGUACGUGACUUUUUUAUUCCAAAAUUCAAGAUUUCUUUUACAUUUGAAGCUUCUAAUGUUAUGAAGGAGUUAGGAUUGAUUUUGCCUUUCUCUCACCGAGAUGUAAAUUUUUCAAAAAUGGUGGGGGAAAUGAACUCUCAUUUGGAUAAAUUAUGUGUGGAAAGCGUGUUUCACAAAGCUUUCAUUGAGGUAAAUGAAAAAGGUACUGUAGCUUCAGCAGCAACCCUUCCUUUGGCAUUAAGAGGUAGUCGUCCGGUUACCAGUAUAGACUUUGUAGCUGACCACCCUUUCCUUUUUUUAAUCCGAGAAGAUUUCAACGGAACAAUUCUCUUUAUCGGACAAGUGAUCAAUCCUCUUGAUGGAGCAGAUGCAUCUGCCACGCCGGUGAAAUUUAGAAAGCCCAAUAUCUGACUAUAUUUUGUGAUUAGGAAGGUUCUUGUUUUUCUUUAUUAUAUUGUUCUCUUAAAGCUAUUUAAUUUGA